AUGGACCCCGAGAUCCCGCGGGGCCCCGGCUCCAGAACCAGGACCAGGACCAGAACCGGGAUGGACCCUAGAACUUCGGCGUGCAAACGAGCGCUCGCUGUGAUCCUGCUGGUUGCCGGAAUGCUGGUUACCAUGGUGACGUCAAGCUCACCUGCUGCAGGUGUGCUGGACUCCAACCGGACGGCAGAGUCUCCGUCCCAUCCUUCCUUCCUCUCCUCCUCCUCCUCCUCCUCCAGACCCCCGGCCCAUAGCCCUCUCUCAGAUUCUCGUUACCACGGUAACAGCGGUGGCACAGGUUCUUCAGAGGACUCGGACUCUGGUGCUCAGGGGAUCCACCUCCUUCUGAGACCUCCAGACCUCCUGUCCCCCAGCCUCCCCCCACCCCUGCCUCCCCACACCCAGCCCACACUCACCCCUCCCCCCUGGGAGCAGGGCCCCUCCCUGGAGGAGGCCUGGGGCUCCGGGGACUACAUGGAGACCCUGUCCUUCAUGGUGCCAGACGGCGAGGAGCUAACCCUUGCCACGCCGCUACCCAACCAGCCCUAUGACGAGGGUGGGGGGGACUGGGUCUCCUACGACACUGCCUUCCCUACCCGCCCCACCAUCCCCCUCUCCUCACGCCUGCCUCUCUCACCCUCCUCCUCCACCCCCAGCAUCCCCCAACACACUCGCCCCUCCCAUCCGGACGUCUUCCCUAACUGGGACGAGGACUACGACCUGGAGGACCUGAUGCCUCUGGAGCCGACGGAGCUGCUGCUACCGGACAUGAACAGUAUGGAGUACUACACCAACCUGCUGGCCCGGGAGAGGGAGAGGGGGAGGGACCAGGACCGGGUGGACUGGACUGACUUUAAACCUCCCAUCACUCCCACAACAACACAAAUCCACCAACCCCCUUCAUCUCCGUCCCCGAGCUCUGGUCCUCCUCCUGAACGGGGGCCACCCCCCCUCACCCUCUCACCUACUCUCACAGGUGAGGAGAAGCCGCCUCCACCGUCAACCACCAUCAAAGCUGCUUCUGAUCCAAAGCCCAAAGACCGGACCCCAGCCCCGGGCAGACCGCCUCCCCGUCCCCCUUCCAACACAACCGGCCGGGUGCCUCCCCCUCCUCCGCUGGGACCUCCCACCCGCCCCGACAGACCGGAGAGGCCUCCAGGGGUCACGGAGAAGCCAGUGAAGGCUCCACCCACCAAGACCACCACCAGGAGCACCACCAAGACCACCACCAGGAGCACCACCAAGACCACCACCAAGGCCACCACCCCAACAACUGCCAUCACCACCACCACCCAGAUCACAGCCAUCAGCCUGACCAGAGCCCCCCCGGUCACCACACCAAGACUGGUCCAGACUCCGCCCACCAGACAGUACCUGUGUAACAUCACCAAGCCGGAGAUGUACCUGGUCCGAGUAGUCAGUUCUAAAGGUUCGUCAGCAGGUUUCACUCAAGUCAGAGAUCUUCUGAAGAGAGAGUUCAACCGUUCAGUGGAGCUCCAGUUCCUGAGAACUCCGUCCAGUUUUGCCUUCCGUGUGGUGUCGGGACCUUUGGUCUUCACCGCCAUGUCGGUCAUCAACGCCCUCCGCCAGCCGCCGCGCGGUUCCGGCCCGGUUCCCACCGCCUCGCCGCUCUACACCGUACCUGACCUCAGGUACCAGAUCCACUCCGUGCUGCAGUUCGUUCCCGCCCACGUCGACGUCAGAGUCUGCAACUUCAGCGAACGCGUGGAGAGAGGGCUGAUGAUGGCGUACGCCGAGACUCGGAGACGAUCACAUGAGGCCGGAAACGUCACCGUACAGCUGCUGAACAUCACCACGUCUGUGAGCCGGCCCUCAGCGACGGUGGAGCAGAAGGUUUCCGUCGACAUCACAUUUGCGGUGCGUGAUGGGCGGGACUACCUGCUGGGGUCAGAGGUCAGCGAACACCUGAGGAAGCUCAGUCUGGUCGAGUUCAGCUUCUACGUCGGAUUUCCUGCCCUUCAGAUCGCCGAACCGUUCCACUACCCGGAACUGAACACCUCUCAUCACCUGCGCUCCACCUGGGUCCGUACAGUCCUGUUGGGCGUUCAUGAGCAGCUGCUGGCUGAGAGAAGCUUUAAAGCUCGUCUGGAGAGACGUCUGGCUCUGCUGCUGGAGGAGAGUCUGCAGACGGCCAGCAGGAGGCGCUGGAGGAGAGCUACAGCUGUGGGCAACAACAGUCUGCAGGUGGUGCGGGUGGCCAGGCUGUCAGGGGCGGAGCUUCUGGAGGUCUUCUACUUCGUGGAGGGUCCAGGUGGUGAGCGGAUACCAGCCGAGGCCAUGGCAGUCACUCUGAACCGUCUUGAUCUUCAGAGAGCCGCCAUCGUCCUCGGACACCGAGUCCAGAGACCGAUCGCCCAAACUGUGGAGACCCUGUCUGUCCCUCCGGCAGAGACUCAGAGCAGCAGCAUCUGGCUGAUCGUGGGCGUGGUCGUCCCCGUCCUGCUGGCCGUCUUCAUCAUCAUCAUCCUCUACUGGAAGCUCUGCGGCUCAGAGAAGCUGGAAUUUCAGCCGGACGCCAUCAACACCAUCCAGCAGAGGCAGAAGCUUCAGGCUCCGAGUGUCAAAGGCUUCGACUUUGCGAAGCUGCACCUCGGUCAGCACAGCAAAGAUGACAUCAUGGUGAUCCAGGAGCCCGGCCCGCUGCCCGCCCCCGCCAAAGAGGCCACGCCCUCCGACGGCGGGGACCUCAACACCCCCAAAUCUAAAGGCUCCUCUACCAAGGCAGCUCGGACCAGCCGCCGCCGGGGCAGACUCAGCCCGUCAGACGGAGACUCGUUAGGCAGCGACCAAUCAAGCGGCAGAGAAUCGGCAGAAGAGAGCACUCGACCUGUGGCCACGCCCAGCGAGGGGAAACAGCACAGGAAGACGCCCAAAAAUGGGAGGAACAAGUUGGGAAACGGUCCAGACGAGCUCCUGUCCUCGUCCUCCAUCUUCGAUCACGUGGACCGUCUCUCCCGCGGUUCGUCCGACGGAACGCGUCGUCAGGCCAACAAGGUGCAGCUGAUCGCCAUGCAGCCGCGACCAAGCCCGCCGCCGCAGCACGCCCCGCCGCACCUGAGCCCCACCCUCACCGAGAAGGUCAGCACAGAGGUGGCGCUCAGACACAAGUCUGAGAUCGAGCACCACAGGAACAAACUCCGGCAGCGAGCCAAGAGGCGGGGCCAGUGUGAGUUUCCCUCCAUGGACGACAUCAUGGACGCAUUCGGAGAGGGACCGGUGCAGGGCGAGGUGGCACAGCGUCUCUAUAGCUCCGCCCACGACCACAUGGACUGCAUCCUGCAGGCCGACGCCCACUCACCCCCGACCCCCACGGACUCCAGGAGAAGAGGGAGGCGCUCUCCUCGGGGUCGGCGAGCUCCACCAGGACCUGGAAGUCUUCCUGAUACAGACCGAGACCGGCUGCUCACCGAUCACAGCGCCACCUACAGGAAAUACCCAGGACUCAACAACGUGGCCUACAUGUCGGACCCUGAUCUGCCCCCGGACCACGGCAGCCCCUCCCCCACUGAUGAGGUCUUUGACUCAGCCCCUCCCCCACCCCCCUAUAUGCCCCAGCCCUCAAUCGAGGAGGCACGGCAGCAGAUGCACUCCCUUCUGGAUGACGCCUUCGCCCUGGUGUCGCCGUCCUCGCAGGGCAGCGCCGGGCUGAGCGGGGUAAGCCCUGCCCUGCCCAGCCCCUCUCCCCAGGCCCGCCCUGGCCGGCAGUGGGGCUCUUACCCAGCUGCCCCCUUUCAAAGUCCCUUCUCUGCUAGAUAUGCAGAGCUCGGAAUGUCUCCAACAUCAGUCCAGGGUCUGCUGCAGAGGCAGGGUCUAAGCUCAGCAGGAUAUGUUUCUACUGGAGACCAGCUGCAGGAGUCGGUUUACUCCAGCAGGGGGCAGUACGAGGAACCCCCCUCCUCAUCCAGACCGCGACCUGUAGGGGGCAGCACAGGUGCGCAGCUCCACCACCUGACCCAGGUGGGUUUGUCCAGUCAGAUUGGAGCGUACCCUGGGGUGGGUCGCAGCAUGUCUGGUCCCACUGGCUCCAGCUGGAACCAGCAGCACUCAGACCAGGACCUAUCCAGACCAGGAGCCAGCAGAGAGAGUGUGCUGUCGUUUCCUGAGUUCUCCUCUUCCUCUGUUUUCCAGAUGCCCAGCUCCUCGUUACGGGACCCGUCGGCUCCACCUCUCCUUCUGACCUCACCGACUCCAGAGUACCCGCCGGAGGACGCCUCCCCCUCUGCCCACACAUCCGCCUCCCUUAUAAAGGCUAUCAGGGAGGAACUGCGACGUCUGGCACAGAAACAGACUGCAGUGACCAGCUACCCUUAG